AUGUCAAUCCAACGGACCGCCAAGUCGGCUUUGCAUGCACUCCAAGAACUUUAUAAUGCAAUGGAUAUAUCGUGUCAGCAAAAAAAAUCUUUACCAGUCAAUGACAGCGAAAAUCUUGUGCAUGCUCUUUGUAAUCUUUCACAACUCAUUAAUCAUAUAAAUCAGCAAGGCAUGUGUGGGUAUACACCUAGGAUAAAUACGAAUUUGGCUUCCAAACAAUAUGAUCGAAAAAGAAUAAACCCAUUCAUUAAUCCUCGUCUAACUAAAUGUGAUGGAAAUAGUAUGAUGGAUUCGGAAACAAGUGAAUCAUCAUUACAAUCUAGGCAAGCCUAUGGUGAAUGCGUAUUGUAUCAUCCUAUUCGUAUUAUAACAACUUGUGCUGAUGGACCUACUGUGUUGCAUGAAAGUGACUUUGUCAAACAUGACAAGGGAAAAUAUCGAAAAAAUCAUGAUCAUAAUAAAAAAACAAGUCGUAGUGGAUCUAGAGGAUCGCGAAGAUCGCAUCGAAGUCAACGAUCGAUUCAUGGACGACGAGCAAGUCAAUCACGUGAUCAUGGUUCACGUUCGAGUCGUCGAUCAUCUCGCCACUCGCGAAAUACAACAAGUGAAAAUCGACGGUCACAUAGCCGUGAACGUAGCAAGUUAUUACAUCGAAUUUUUGCUUAUUAUCUUAUUAUUGAUUCUAUAGGAAGUCGAUCAAGUCAAAGAAAAACUCGACGAUCUCAUGCUAGCCCACAUCGUAGUCACAGCCGCCGGCGCAGUUCAUAUAGUAAGAGUCAAAGACGUCGAUCUUCAAAUCGACAAAAUCAACAAUAUCGUCGUCAUGAAAUACCUUCACGUCCAGUGUCAAAUAUUGGAAAUCCAAUAGUUCCAUCCUAUCCUUCGAAUCAAAUGCGUUCAACGCCAAUUGACAUUCAACCAUCAAGACAACAUCUUUAUAGUCGUUCAUUACCUUCAUCAUCUCCAAUGGCAACUGCUAGUAAUGGUCCUAUAUUACCAUCUCAAAUGUUGACAUCAACGACGCCUUUACCUCCACCACCAGCUUUGUCUGCAUUACAUAAUUCUCAUGCUUCUUCACAAGUACCAAAUCAACAAUAUCGCCAACUACCGCUUUCCUCUACUAUUCAGAAUACUAAUACCACUAUGUAUAAGCCAAUUACCAAUCUAUUGAAUGACCAAUUUUCAUCAGUUCAACAAGUUCCUUCGUCAUCAACAAGUACGGGAAAUACAGCAUCACUACAACAACAACAACAACCAUUAUCACUAUCAUCGGACAAUUCUGUUUUGAAUAAUCGAAUUCAAAAUGACAUUCUAUCUUCUGGUAUCUCAACGCUUCCAACAACAAAUAAUGUAUUUACAUCACGUUCAGAUAAUUGUCCCGAAUGUCGAGCCAUAACACGACUUCUUCAAUGGGCACCAUUAAAAUGUUAUGAUGCAGCCGGAAUACGCCGUGGCGUAUUUUUGGCCGGCCCAAAAAGUGAACAACUACUGAAAGCACUCUAUUCAUCCAUAAAAGAUUCAUCUUUUUCAUUAGACGACAUUGAAAAUUGUUUUUGCAAUGAUGAAUAA